AUGUCAUACAGAGAAUUACGUAAUUUUUGUGAAAUAAUGAGAGGUCUUGGAUAUUCGCGUCUGAUUUCCAUGGAGAAUUUCCGUAAGCCAAAUUUCGAAUUAAUAGCAGACAUAUUAUAUUGGUUAGCUACAAGAUUUGAUCCUUAAGCUGAUAUUCCCGAAGAUAUUUAAGAAGAAAGAUAAAGAGUUGAAUUUAUAAAGUAAAUUGCGAUGCUUUUUGCGACAAAAACUCGCAUUAAAUUAAAUACUAGAAAGCUUUAUUAAGCCGAUGGUUAUGCUGUUUAAGAAAUACUUAAAGUUGCUUCUGUUUUAUAUAAAGCAUACAAUUCUUCACCUGCUGAAGAUGAAGAAGUAUAAGCAUUUACAUUACCAAGUAAACUUUCUAAUGUUAAAUUACAUAAAUAAGUUGCUAAUGAUAUUACUGAUACUGCUUAGAAAUUAUUUGAUUUAUUAAAUAAAGAAGAAACUCUUAGAUCACAUAGAGAUAAAGCACUUGGAUUUUUGGAUUCUAUUUCUAGAAAUUUAGAAUCUAAUAAUGAAUAGGCUCAUAUAGAAAAAUGUGUAAGAUAACUUAUUGAAUAAUAAGAUUCAGGAAUUGUUGAUAUGUAAAAUUAUGUAAAUAAUUUGUAAAAAGAGUAAAAAACAUUAGAAGAAAAAAUAAAAAAAGUAACUUUUGAAUUAGAUAAAUCUUCGAAAUAAUUAUAAAUUUUAUAAAGAAUGAAACCUGCUUAUAUGGAAGAAUAUACUAGAUUAGAAGUUGAAUUAGAAAAACUUUAUUAAAUAUAUAUUGAGAAGUUUAGAAAUUUAGAUUAUUUGGAACAUCAAUUGGAUGUAUAUAAUUAAAUAGAAUUAAAGAACUUUAAACACAGCUAAGAAAAGAGAAAAAAAAUAAGAGAAAAGUUAAUUGAAGAAGAAAAAAAAAGAAUGAAAGGAGACGAGGAAUUUGCUGAAGGUUCUUUAGAUAAUAAAGGAGAUAAAAAUAGUUCAAGAGAAGUUUCACCUAAUCCUUAAUCUAAGUAAAUCAAUUAAAUGAAAUUUAAAGGAACUAUCUAGCAUACUGUUAAAGAAGAGGAAAAUUCUCAUGAAGGCGAAGAAGAUGAUGAAGAUGUCGAUUUGGAAGAUUCUAAUGAAUAAAUGUAAGAAGAUGAAGGAUCUGAUGAUGAAGAUUUUUGA